UACAGGGCACAACUCAUGGGUUUUCUUUUGUUUAUUAAUUAUUUCACAAUAUUAUCAAAUACAGACUCAAAUUCGACUUGUAUAAAAGCGACGUACUUCCGCCGCGCCAUCUUUAAUUUCUUUCUGAAGUACGUCGAGCGAAAAUCGACAACAUGAGUUCGCUAAAGUUGCAAAAGAGGCUGGCAGCCUCGGUUAUGCGAUGCGGCAAGAAAAAAGUGUGGUUGGAUCCCAAUGAAAUCAACGAAAUUGCCAACACCAAUUCCCGUCAAAACAUCCGCAAACUUAUCAAGGAUGGUCUUAUCAUUAAGAAGCCAGUAGUCGUGCAUUCCCGCUAUCGUGUCCGCAAAAACACAGAAGCUCGUCGUAAGGGACGUCACUGUGGUUUCGGUAAAAGGAAGGGUACAGCCAAUGCCCGUAUGCCAACGAAAUACUUGUGGAUGCAACGUAUGCGAGUAUUGCGUCGUCUCCUGAAAAAAUACCGAGACAGCAAAAAGAUUGAUCGUCAUUUGUACCAUGAUUUGUACAUGAAGUGCAAGGGUAACGUAUUCAAGAACAAGCGUGUUCUCAUGGAAUACAUUCACAAGAAGAAGGCUGAAAAGGCACGUAGCAAAAUGCUUUCCGACCAGGCUGAGGCUCGUCGCCAAAAGGUGCGCGAGGCCCGUAAACGACGAGAAGAACGUAUUGCUAAUAAGAAACAAGAAUUGCUACAAAUUCAAGCUAAGGAAGAUGAAGUUGCAGCACAAACCGCAACUACUGGCCCAGCUAAGAAGUAGAUGAGUUCUUUGUUUUUGUAAAAAUAAGUACCACAACUAAAAAAAAAAAUAUAUGUUU